CCUGCCUCUAACCCCGCCCAACCCCAGCAACAGGGCCCUCCUGGUGCUAUGCCCCAAGGCUAUACUCAAAACAUUCCCGCUCAAAUUCCUACCCCCUCACUUGGCGGCUUCCCUCUACCGCAGCCCUCCAGCUCUGGCAGCGUCGACCUGAGCGCAAUCCGUCCUGUUAACACCGGCUCCGUCAGCAUCGCCGAAGCCAUCGCAAAGGCGAAGAGUAUUGCUGCCGACCGCGGCAUUUCCUACGACAACCGUCCUCAACAGCAGAUUCACCAACAGGCCCCACGCGCUGACCCUCGUCUCGCUGGCAGAGCCCCAUACCAACAGUCCAGAUCCCGCUCGCGUUCACCUCCUCGCCGCGACAACUUCCGCGGUAACUUCAACCCCUACCGCGAUGAGCGCCGUGAUGCAGACCGCAGAGACCGUGGCUACAACAACCGCGACAGAUCCCACUCCCCUGGUCCUCGUGGAGGAAGAGGAAACUUCUCGCCCGGUCCCGGUGGCCGUGGCCCCCGCUCGCCUACUUCGCGCGGCACUCCCGCCGACAGUGACACAAUCUCGGUCAAAUCCGCUCUUGUUGGUCUGAUCAUUGGUCGCAAUGGAGAAAAUCUGCGACGCGUCGAGUCCGAGAGCGGUGCUCGCGUCCAAUUUAUCCCAGCCAAGGAGCCCAAUGCAGUCAACCGUCAAUGCACCAUUACUGGACCUCCGCAGGCCCGCGAAAUAGCAAAGCAAGAAAUCUUCCGUGUCAUGGAUGAGAACGGUGGUAGCGUGCCUCCAGAGCGCGGCGCCGCUAUGGGCCGCCCUCAACAGAACAUGAUGCAACAGAGAGAUCAACAACCUGCCUUGCGCGAAGGCGAGAACAGUGUUCAGAUUAUGGUUCCUGACAAGACCGUCGGUCUCAUUAUUGGCCGCGGUGGUGAGACCAUCCGUGACUUGCAGGAACGUAGUGGCUGUCACGUCAACAUUGUCAGCGAAAACAAGAGCAUCAACGGUAUGCGUCCCGUCAACUUGAUUGGCUCGCCCGAAGCUGCUCGCAUCGCCAAAGAGAUGAUUCUCGAAAUUGUCGAGAGCGAUGUCCGCCCUCCCCCCGGCCAUCCCGGCCACCAAUCCGCUCACCAGGACUCCCGAGGACCUGCAUCUUUCGACCCUUACCGUGGAGGUAUGGGCAACGACCGUGGUGGAAACGAUAAGAUCACCGAAGAAAUCUACGUGCCGUCUGAGGCAGUCGGUAUGAUCAUCGGCAAAGGAGGUGAAACUAUUAAGGAUAUGCAAGCCACUACUGGAUGCAAAAUCAACGUCGGCCAACCUGAACAGCCCGACGUUCAGCGCCGCAUAGGUUUGGUAGGUAGCCGCUCUGCCAUCGACGAGGCAAAGCGCGCUAUUUGGGACAAGGUUGACACUCAACAACGUGAUCGCAAUGGUGGUGCAAGAGAACAACGUGCUCCUCGUAAUGACUAUGGUAACAACCAAUACUCACAACAGCCUCAGCAGCAAGGUUAUGGACAGAUGCCUAUGGGUGGUGCUGCUCAAGCCAUCUCUGCAUUGCAGGGCAUGUCUUCCACACCUCAGCAGGCACCUCCAGCUGACUCCAAUGCCGCUGAUCCAUAUGCCCCUUAUGGUGGCUACCAAGCUUAUUGUGCUAUGUGGUAUGCUGCUCUUGCCCAGAAUGGCCAGGGCGGACAAGGUCAACCCCAAAUGCCGCCU